AUGGGGCGCGUUUCUAUAUCCGUCCUUGUCGCGGGCUUGGUUGGGUAUGCCUUUGCUGGCAUACAGCAUCCUGCCCAUGGACAUCGUCAUCGCCACUUGAUGCCGCCUAUCGAAGACUUGGAGCCGCGAAAUCUGGCUUGGGAUAACGUGAAUAAUGCCCCGGAUGACUUUGUGGUGGAAUCCAUUACCCUCACGACCACCACAACCGUUUUUGGAAACUGCGCGCCAACAAAUCCCAUUCACUCGACCCUUACGCUUGUCAGGCAUAGACCUGAGCCUACACCGUGUGCACACGAUCAUGCUGUGCACAACCUCACGCGUCCCGAGGCCUAUGAGGAGCACUGGCAUCAACAAGAACAGCACCCUGAACCUAUUAUCCCGGCGCCGACAAACACAAGGCCCGCUCAGUCUCAAUUCAUUCAACCCAAGCCCCCAGCUCCCAGGCCAACGCAGCCAGAGGCCAUUACCACUAUGAUCAAGACGCAAACGAUCACCAAAACUGCAACCAAUACAGUAACGGUCACUGCCUACCCAGGAGGCAGCCCUGCAGAAAAGGCCGCGGCCCUUGCAGACACUCUUCCAAAGGGCUCUUUGGAAGAAGAGAAAGCCGUCCCAGUAAAACGUCCAUCUCCACCACCACACAACAAAAGCCACGGCGGACCCAUCGACGCUGUACUCGAUCUGCCGAGCGAAGUCAUCCCUAAUCUCCCAGCAGUAGACCAGGUCCUCCCAGGCCCAAAGCCAGACGGGCCCACGUCAGCAGAUUGGACCGCAACACCACCGAAAGGCCAGUUUGCAACAAACAAAUUCGGGGGACGUACUCAGCCGAAAGGCAAAGGCACGGAGAUCCAGUACCAGGGCAAUGUCGGCAAGCCUUGGGGAAGCAAUAUCAUCAAUGUCAGUCCGACCGAGGCACAUACGUAUAAAUAUGUAGCGCAGUUCACGGGUUCAAACGAUGAGCCCUGGACGGUGGUUGUGUGGAACAAGAUCGGGCCUGACGGCAAAUUGACCGGGUGGUAUGGGAACUCUGCUUUGACCUUUACUCUUGCACCCGGCGAGACUCGCUAUGUUGCUUUUGAUGAGGACUCCGAGGGCGCUUGGGGUGCUGCGCCUGGUGAUCAUUUGCCCAAGGAUCAAUGGGGUGGAUACUCGUGCACUUGGGGCGAGUUUGGGUUCGGUGAUGGGGAGAAUAAUGGGUGGUCGGGAUGGGAUGUUUCCGCUAUUCAGGCGCAGAUUGCGAAUCAACCUGUUCAGGGGAUGUCUAUCUGCCAGGCCGAUGGGAAGGGAUGCUCUAUUAUCACGCCUGGUGCUAAGAAGGUGGUUGAUGCUUAUGUCAAGUCAAAGAAACACCUGGAUGGAAUUGGUGGUGCGGCGUCUCCUGGUCCUGUGCGGCUUAAGGUGGUACUUGAUUAUCGGGGGUGA